GGUCAGCCGGAACGCGGGGAGCUAAGCUGUGGGGCGCGUCUAGGGUGACGCGAACGCAGUUACAGGCCGUGCAGAACUAGAUCCGGGAGCUUUGCUAGCGGGCUGUCGGAAACAUGCCCGGCUCGGCCUUUUGCAGGCAGACAGCGUGGUAACCCAGAGUUAGAGCUAAUAACCCUGCUGCCACAGGUAGUAAGUAAGAAGCAGUGACUCCAUCCUGAGCGUAUCACACUGAGUGUUUCUGAAUAUAAGUAAAACCCGGUUCCUGACCUCAGAAGAGAGCACGGUCUGUCGAGGGAGUUUCCACUGUAUAAAGUAGCAUGGACCUGCCUGUGGAUGCAUGGAAAUCAUACAUACUUCAGAAGUGGUCUUUGCUCCCAAAGUCUGUUCAGGUCACAAUUUGUACAGCAGAGACUUUAAGUGAUAUCUUUCUUCACUCCUCUUUGCUUCUUCAACCUGAAGAUGAGAUGGUUUUAAAAAAGCUUUCUAGAGGCUACCUUAUAGAAAAGGACCCUGAUGCUCCCCUUUUUUACAAAGAUGAAGGGAACAAAAAGUUCCAGGGGAAGGAUUAUAUGGGAGCCACCGUGCUGUACUCUAAGGGAGUAUCUCAUUCAGCACCAAACACUGAAGACAUUUCAUUGUGUUAUGCCAAUCGCUCUGCAGCCCUCUUCCACCUGGGUCAGUACGAGGCAUGUCUGAAAGACAUCAGCAGAGCACACAUGCACGGGUAUCCGGAAAGGUUGCAACCCAAGCUGAUGUUACGUAGGGCAGAGUGUCUGGUGAAUCUGGGGAGACUAGAGGAGGCAAGCCAGAUCAUCAGUGAUCUUGAAAGUAACUUUGCUGCCAAACAAACUCCAGCAGCUUCCCAGUUUGAAAUUCUGCAGAGAACCCUCUGUCGUCUGAAAAUGAAGGUACAAGAAAAGGAGCAUCUCACAGAAACCUUCCCAGCAGCUCUAACGAAUGCCUUUGAGGAUAUGAACCUAAGGGAAGAAAAUGAACAAAUAUCCAGUGCAUCAUCAUCUGUCAGCUUAUGCACAGACACUUUAAAAGGCCGCUACCUAAUCGCCACAAAAGACAUUCUCCCUGGAGAGCUCCUGGUGAAGGAGGAAGCUUUUGUGAGUGUCCUUAACCCAGGAGAAUUGCCACCACUACGUUAUGGCCUGGAAAGCAAGUGGGAUACCAGAGUUGUCAUUGGGGAUCUCUACUGUCACCGGUGUUUGAAGCACACUUUGGCCACAGUUCCCUGUGACGGCUGCAGCUAUGCCAAGUAUUGCAGCCAAGAGUGUAUGCAGCAGGCCUGGGAUCUCUACCACAGUACAGAGUGUUCUCUAGGGGGGCUGCUUCUCACACUGGGGGUCUUUUGCCACAUUGCCCUGAGGUCAACUCUUUUAGCCAGAUUUGAGGAUAUCAGCAAAGUCAUGAGGACGCUUUGUGGUGAGAUUAGUAACAAGGACAUCAGUUUCCCUGAAAGCAAGAAUCUGGUGCAAACACUCAGUUAUGACUUGGGAGGGGAGAGUGAGAGAAAUGGCAAAACACUUGAGCCCCCAAUUCCUGGAUGUGACAUUAAUGGGAAGUAUGAAAGUAAUUAUAAUGCUGUCUUCAGCCUUUUGCCCCAUAUUAAACAUCAUAGCCCAGAACACAAAUUCCUCUGUGCUCUAAGUGUCUCUGCACUGUGCAGGCAGCUGGAAGCAGCCAGUUUACAGACCCGCACGACAAGUCUGAAAUCCUCUCAGCCAAAAGCAGCAGCGGUUCACGCCAUGUGCCAAGAAUUGCCUGUUUGGGGAGUGGCCAUGCUGAGACACAUGUUACAGCUACAAUGUAAUGCUCAGGCAAUAACUACCAUGCAGCAAACAGGAUCUGAAGAGAACAUCAUUACCGACAGCAGGCAGGUACGCCUUGCCUCAGGCAUCUUCCCGGUUGUCAGCCUCCUGAACCAUUCCUGUAGCCCCAACACCAGCGUGUCCUUCACUGGCACUGUCGCCACUGUUCGGGCAUCACAGCAGAUUGGAAAAGGACAAGAGAUUCUCCACUGUUACGGGCCUCACGAGAGCAGGAUGGGUGUUGCUGAAAGGCAGCAGAAGCUGAGGUCUCAGUAUUUCUUUGACUGCAACUGCCUGGCUUGUCAGAAUGAAAAGCACAGCACUGCGGCAGGGCCCAGGUGGGAAGCAUUCUGCUGUAACCGCUGCAGAGAGCUCAUGCAGGGAGAUGACAUGCUGAGCUGUGGCAGCGCAUCUUGUAUGGAAUCUGUCAGCAGGGAUCACCUAGUCUGCCAGCUACAGGACCUUCAGAAGCAGGUUGGGGUGGCCCAGAAGCUUCUCAGAAAUGGAAAACUAGAGCGAGCCAUUCAGCUGUUGCUGGGGUGCCGGCGGGAUGCUGAGAGCUUCCUGUGGGCGGAACACAGCGUGGUGGGAGAAAUCGAGGAUGACCUGGCCCAGGCCUACGCUGCUUUAGGGGACUGGCACAAGUCAGCUACCCAUCUACAGAAGAGUCUCCAAGUGGUUGAGGUUCGCCAUGGGCCAUGCAGUGUUGAAAUGGGCCAUGAGCUCUUCAAACUGGCCCAGAUCUUUUUCAACGGGUGCGCAGUACCCGAGGCUCUGAGCACGGCGCACAAGGCAGAGAAGGUCCUGUUGGUGCACUAUGGGCCUGGGAGCGAUGAGGUCCAGGAGCUGCAGAGAAUGAAAUCCUGUUUAUUGGACUUGCCGCCCAUCCCCGUGGGGCCUCCAGUGUAGGGUCCCCAGGGGACUGGGGCCCACAAGAAAGGAGCCACAGAGGAAGAGCUCGAGAGGUUCUGUCGCCCCUGAGCCGUCACCAGGAAACGCAGGGCCUGCGUGACAGCCACCAGCCUGCUGCAUGAGGUGGGAAGGACUUGGAAAACAUCACAGUUGGAAAGAUGCUCACCUGUUUUGAUGACUGCUUCUUGAAAUAGUUAACUGCCCUCCAGUAAAAACUCCCAGUUCCCAGAAAAGACUUAAAAUUAGUAUCUGGAGUGCCGAAGCCCUUUAAAAGGAUUUUAGCUGAUCUGCAGGCAUCUGGACGUUAGCCUGGAAUUUUGGCUAGAUGCCAGCUCACCAAAUGAUCAAAGUGUUUCCUUGGAACAUUCUUAUGGUUUCCAGUAGUAAUGAAAUGUGGUAUACCACCCCAGUGGGAACUUCAGCUCUUAGUAGUUGUAUUGUAAUUGAAAAAUAAUUAUAAAGCAAGAAAUCCAUGAGGCUCCUUACCACUAGGGACACAGUUUCAUUUACAAUAUGUAGCUUCCUCAAAUCCUGUGUUAAAACCAAUGGAGUAUAGGUUGUGAAUAGAGAAAUAAACGUGGGGCCAUUUUAUUGCCGGGCAGUUUCUUCUUAGAAUGGAAACUCUAAGUUUGUGUUCUGCCAGUUGUCCAGCCCGUGUUAUCUGGCUUUCAUGCUCUACUCUUGGCAGACUCACUGACCAAAUACUAAUAAAGCCCAGCCUGUAGCAGUGACUUUAUAUUGCACGUGCCGUCUCUCUGAGCUCUGUCUAUUAGCAAGCCUGAAAAGAGAUUACUUUUUUCCUACCAGACCUCCCCAAGCUGGCAAACGAAAUUACAGGCUACAUAAGUACUGAGAAGAUGGCUUCAGAAGUUGCUGAGGAUACAGGCAUUAUUAGUACUGUGGUUCCAAACUUGAGAGACAGAGGUAGGGUGGUAACUCUCUUCUGCCUGGAUAUCUAGCCCCCGUCCGGUCAGAAGGCUAGGAGACUCUGUGGGUCUGAACCCCAGUGGCUGUGUCACCACUGGUGAGCCAGUGGUUCAGACGAGCAGGCGGAAAAGAACGCCAGGCCCACACUGCUCUGAGAGCUCGCUCACCCCGGCCGGGCCCGAGAAGUGCCCAUGGCUUGUCACACAGCACCACCACUGGGAAGUGAGUGGCCCCGAGGAUGCCUGGCAGAAGCUUUUCAGGAAGCUGAGUGUUUGGAACACAGCUCGUACUGAAACAUGCAUGAAGGGCAGGCAGAAUCUAUUUAUUGUCUUUGCCACUAACUGACUCUGGCACAGUGGUGGCCAGUGAGAUGUUUUGGUUGAGCUAACUUUUUUGAGAAGGAAAAUUUAGUCCCAUGGACACUGUUUCCAACACUUGGCCUGUUUCAUGUUCUUGAAAAAGAUCCUGUUGUACUUUGUAAAGUAGGCAUACUUCCUUAAAGAGAAUAUGUUUUAGCAUUUUUGCACAUCAGGUCCAAGUUUUACAGGUACUUGAGAGCUUCCUUUAAAUGCUUUAUCAAAUAAAGAAUUAUUUUCUGACAUUACA